UUCAACAGACUUGGUAUUUUAAGGGCUCAUUUCUUCUCUGUUGUGGUUAAUCACAAGAUUCCUGAGGACAUCACACCCAGGUUGGAAUUACUGCAAGCAUUGAGUGAUAAUGGGAAAGACAUUUCAUACUUUGAGGAAAGGACUGGUCCUUUUCUGUUAUCUUGGAUGCCAGAAGUGAUGCAAAAAGGCAGAAUGAUUUUUUUCAUGCCUCUUCUUAUCAAUGUAAUUCACUACAACUCAAGUUUCCUUGAUGAGGAUAUCAUCUCUGGCAUUGUCAGGCAAACCUGUCAUCUUUCAAGAACAACUAAAGAGGAAGGAGAAGUUGAGCUGUGCCUGUGUUUGCUGGAUGCUGUGGUCCGUUACAGUUGUCUGCCGUCCAAUACAUUGUUUGAGUUCAUAGCCACAGCCUGCCGGGCUGUUAACAUCGAAAAGUUUUGUCAGCGCAGCUGGAAGAUAAUGAGAAAUUUGCUUGGAACUCAUCUGGGUCACAGUGGAGUGUACACCAUGUGUAAUGUUUUGGAAGACAGUGACAACAGAAGCGACGCCAUGCUGUUAAGAGGCUCUGUGUUCUUCAUUGGAAUGUGUCUGUGGGGGUCACAGCGAGUGCCAAACCUCAAGUACUCCAGUUCCACUGUUUUACCUUCUAUGCUACAGGCUUUGUCGUGCCAUCUCAGCUUGGUGGCCCUGGAAGUGACCCUCUCCCUACAGAGACUUGUGAAGAAGUAUGGUCAAGAACUUCAUGUUGUGGCCUGGGAUGCGGUGUUAGAUAUCAUUGAAGCUCUGCAACAAGAGAUCGAGGAAAUUAGCCCGCCCGAUAAUGUCCUGAUUGAAAAUCUUCACAUCCUGUUGUUCAAUGUAGAAGAUCUCUACGAGAGUGGAAAGUUUAAUGGGCCUGAAGAAAGGUUCUUUGCUUUGCUGGAGAAGAGUGCUGGAAUGUUACCUGAUCGUUCUCUUCAAAUCUUGAUUUCAUACAAAGCCCAGUCAGUGCAUCCUGCUCACGUUGGAUGGCUCGUGAAUCUUCACGAUCUUAUGGAAAAAUACUUCAGGUAUGAAAUCCGCACAAGUGUAAGAGUGAAAGCGCUGACUGUCCUUUCAUCGGUGCUUACAUCAUAUGGCCACUGGUAUGAGGAAGAGUUGUUGGAGCAUGCAGUGUUACCAUACCUUAUUCACAUUCCUGAAGACCAAGAUGUAACAGUACGCAAUGUAGCUGUGCAGAUAUUGCUGGACUUGUGUCAGAUGUCAGACUCUCAGAAGUGUCAAGACUUCUUGGACAUAAUCGAGAAGGUCAUCAGUAGGCACGUGGAGCUGCAAGGAAAGAGUCCUCCACUAGAACAGCAGGAACAGAUGCUGCAAGAGGAAAAAGAACUAAAGGAUGUGAAGACAGCGGUCAGCGGACUGGUCGAAGUGUUUAAGCUCAAGUUGUUUCGUUUACCGCAUGGUCACGCUGUACGGACAUUUGAAUUGCUGGUCUCUCACGUGAAGGCGCACUAUAACCAUUGUUACAGUACUUACAUUGCAAGUGUCAUCAGGAACUUGUGACUCUGACACAAAAACGUCGUCAUCGUCACAUCUUGCUUUGAUAUCUUACUCUGACGUGUUUCAAGCCAUUUUGAACUGCUUGCAGUAUGAGUGGGACUGGACAGUACUGGAGCAUGUUUUGAGUGGACUACCGGAGGUCCUACAAAAUAAGAGCCUUAUUCUAUCAGCUAAUCCCGCGUUAAAUACCAUGACGUCAGUACUGUGCAAUAUGGUUUCGGAACCUUCUUUCAUCCUGGAUCUUCGUCGUGUUCCUCCCGGUGUCGGGAGAGUAGGACUUCAGGCUUUGAUUUUUCCAGUUUUAUCGGUUCUUGCCACAUACCACUCCAACCUGGACAGGGGACGGCAGUUCGAGUUGGUGAGGACUUUGGAGCUGGGUUUAGUGACCAAGUGUGCUGUCUUAUGUGUCUCUUCACUCACCCUGUGCACCAUGGAAAUGCAAGCAGUUAUGAAAAGUCUUCUUCCAGCUCUUUUAGUGCGGUUGACUCAGAUCUCCGCAACUGUUGCCAUGGCAGCACCCAUGCUGGAGUUCCUUUCAGGUCUUGUUCAUCUUCCACAUCUGUACGCCAGUUUUCAAGACAGUCAGUACAAGAGCGUAUUCGCCAUUAGCCUCCCUUACACUGAUCCUUUCAAAUAUUCUCAGUACACCAUAACGCUUGCUUAUCACGUGAUUGCUGCGUGGUUUAUUCGAUCACGUGUGGCGUAUCGCAAAGCAUUUGUGGGAUUCGUGAGUAAGGGUCUCAAAUCAAGUGCUAUAAUUCCGGACCGUUAUGAACCCAAACCAGACAGCCCCUCUCUAGCAACGACCAAAUCUCGCACUGGAAACUCUACAAAUCAGCCCUCGCCCCAGAUUCAUAAUCGGUCAAGUUCGCCCGUAGUUCACAAGGAGACUGAAACGGCGUGUGAGCUACAUGCUGAAAUGAGUGAAGUUUGUAUGGACAUGAUGGCCAGAUACACGUUUGCUCCGUGUAUGUCACAGCCAAACAGGACCAAAGCGGUGGAGUUGAUGCUAGCCAAUGGUCAUUCUCGUACUUGGAUGAUCGGUAAUACAAUAGUAACCAUAACCACCUCAGGUACUUAUAUCGGCCAGGAUGGUAAUUGCGACAACUGCCUGGCUCUGAGACAAAGAACAGUAAAUAUGUCACCAAAGGAAAGCGCAAAAACAGAGAGGAAUGUCAAACAGAAGAUCACCGCGGUAGAUGUUACGACAGAAGAUUCUCAUAUCCAGUCUCCCGACGAAAAAGGUCAUGGCACGUUUACGAGUCAUGGAACUGGGACUCAGACUCCCGCGGGCGCUGAUGAAUCUUCGAAGCCUGAGGUGAAGUCAGAGUUUCAUAGCGGCGCACUAUCAGACCGGCGGCUCAGUGGACAGUUUGUUGCUAUCAAUCCACAAAACUGUCGAUGUGUUUGCCAAGGCUGGGCUGAAAUCUUUAUCCGUCGGCCCAGCGGAAACAUCUCUUGGAUCAUGCGCAUUCAGAAUAGGGCUACGUCAUGGUUGGAGAGUGACGUCAGUACUGCCCUUAUAGAUGACCCUCAGAUCGACGAAUUUUCUUCCCCACCCUGUGAAAUGCGAGGAGAGGUCCUGAGUACCAGUACUGAAAGUGGCUCUGUUAUUAUUGACGUGGUGAGGCAAAGUAAUCCUCCAGAGGGGGUAGGAGCUGCUUUUCAUGAUACAGCCCGUGGGGAGUCACUCGCUCGUUCCGGCUGGCAACAUGGCAGCACAGAUGGCGACAAAGAUGCUGAUGUACCUCAGCUGAAUUCAGUGCUCAUUUAUUCACAAAGCGCUAGCACGGCCACUCCGCCAAGCACACCAGCGGGGUCUGUAGAUUCUGAGCUCUUCGAAGGAAGAGAAAGGCUCUUAAGUAGGAGCCCCAGUAAAGGACCUCAUGUUUUUACGGUACGCCGGGUUUGAACAGUUGUUUUGGUUUACACUUUGAUGAUAUCUAAAAGUUUUGAAACUUUAGGCUUGAACCAAACUUAAGCUACUUGGUGAAAAUGGUGCCAACAGAGUCUUUAAAGAGUCUUGUUGUGUUUAAAUUCUUUUAAAAUUGGCUCAUGCAAAGAAACCUGAAGGUAUGAUCAGUCAGAACACAAAAGAAUAGCU